GCGUCUCGAGCUCCACGGAAUUAACGGCAGCAGCACGAGCGCGUUAAGCCGCGGAUUGUCCACCAUCUAACCGGGAGCACACGAACAUGGCACUGAACAGGUCGCCCUCUGCCACGGAAAACUGGAAUGGGGCUCCCGAGCGCAUGCGUGUUUCCGCUGUGAGGAGCGAGUCUUCAAUGCAGAGUGAGAAACUCCGCGGUGUUGCCCGAGAUAUCUCUGAACUGGGCCAGCGGGGCACGGCCAGGAGCAGCGGGCAUGAUGCCAACGACAUCGCAGAGGACACGGAAGAGCCAGGCCCGGGUCCAGGAGGAGGGCUGUGUUUUGCAGACGGCCGCAGAAGAGUGGACUAUGUUCUGGUUUAUCACUGUAAAAAACGUCAGGCCCACCACCGACACUCGGUUGUCUCGAACGGUAACGUCCCGUCACAGAGUCCCACACCUUCACGCAGGAGCACCAAAGGUGAUAUUUCGGAGGCGGUGCUGGAGGCGGGGCUUGCCACUGAACCCGCUGAUGUAUUAAAAGAUAAAAUCAGGGAGGAAUUCGAAAGAGGACUUCAAGAGGAAGGCUUGGAGAUCGAACAAGAAAAAGAGAUGAGGACGGUCCGCUUUACCCGUCUCCAUGUCCCCUGGUCUGUUCUGAGUCGUGAGGCUGAACUUCUUAAGCUCAGAGUGCCCACUAAAAAGACGUAUCAGCUGAAAGAGAAGACAGGGCUCAUGGGCGUAAUGAGCUCGUUUUGGAUGAAGAUCAACCAGCCGUUCCAGCCGGGUGUACCGGAGCCCCAAAACCCACGCACACGUGUCCUAUCACAACCGUUCAGCAGAGACAAGCUACACCUAUUGGAUAUAAAGUCAGAAAACAGCUUGUUCAGCAAUGCAAUACGAGGUCGAAUUGUGUAUGAAAUUUUGAGGCGCACAGCCUGCACACAAUCCUGUCAAACUAUGGGCAUUUCAUCACUACUUGCCAAAGGAGUUUAUGAUUCUGCCUUCCCUUUACAUGAUGGAGACUUUGACAGCUCAGAAGAUAAAGAGCAUCGCAACGACAGACAGAUGUUGCAUGAGGAAUGGGCCAAUUACGGAGCUUUCUACAAAUAUCAGCCAAUGGACCUUAUCAGGAAGUACUUUGGGGAGAAGAUUGGCCUGUAUUUUGCCUGGUUGGGAGUGUACACACAGCUGCUGAUUCCAGCAUCGGCUUUAGGAGUCGCAGUGUUUCUGUAUGGAUGCCUCACCGUAGACACCAAUGUGCCCAGUCAAGAGAUGUGUGAUGAGCGUCUUAAUUUCACCAUGUGUCCUCUUUGUGAUCGUGUGUGUGAUUACUGGCAGCUGAGCAGUAUCUGCAGUACGGCGCGUGCCAGCUAUCUGUUUGAUAACCACGCCACCGUCGGCUUCGCCAUCUUUAUGUCCCUAUGGGCGGCAGUGUUUCUUGAACACUGGAAGAGAAGGCAGCGUUGUCUACAGCACAGCUGGGAUCUGACAGGCAUGGAAGAUGACGAGGAACGGGCUGAGAAUGAACUACGACCAGCAUACGAGGACUUUCUUCAUAAGAAACAAGAGAAGAAGGCAAAGAAUAAGAAAAAGGAUGAGCCGGACGCAGGAACAGAUGACAAAGGAAGAGAGAAGCUACUGUGCGCUAAAGGAGGGCAGCCACCGCUUGCCUCAGAGUCUUUGUCAUGGAUGGAUCGGCUGCCAGGAUUCUGCAUCAACAUAUCCUCUAUCCUCCUUAUGAUUGGGGUAACGUUCUCUGCUGUAUCAGGAGUUAUUCUCUACCGUAUCAUUGUGUCUGCUGUAAUGUCAAUGAACCCCGAUCACGAGGCCAAGGCUAAUGUGCGAGUGAUUGUAACAACCACGGCAGUCAUCAUCAACCUGCUGGUGGUUCUGGUGCUGGAUGAGAUCUACGGUGCUAUAGCCGCCUGGAUUACUGAGCUCGAGAUUCCAAAGACUGAAGCCACAUUUGAAGAGCACGUGAUCCUGAAAGCGUUUUUGCUUAAGAGCAUGAACGCAUUUGCACCAGUCUUCUAUGUGGCCUUCUUUAAGGGCAGGUUUGCAGGUCGUCCUGGUGACUACGUAUAUGUCUUUAAGGAUUUCCGCAUGGAAGAGUGUUCUCCAGGUGGCUGUCUCAUUGAAGUGUGUAUUCAGCUGGGGAUCAUUAUGCUGGGAAAGCAGCUCAUUCAGAAUAAUGUAUUUGAAAUUGCCAUUCCGAAGCUGAAGAAAAUGUAUCGCACAUACAAAGAAGAGAAAGAUGGGUCGGCGGAUGAGGAUGACAAAGACUCUAAACGGGAACCGCAGCGCUGGGAUCUGGACUAUGAUCUGGAGCCGUAUGAGGGUUUGAGUCCAGAAUACAUGGAGAUGGUUAUUCAGUAUGGAUUUGUCACACUCUUUGUGGCCUCCUUCCCGCUGGCACCAGUGUUUGCCCUGCUUAAUAACGUCAUUGAAAUCCGACUAGAUGCGGCAAAAUUUGUCACUGAAAUACGCCGACCUGACGCAGUCAGUGCUAAAGAGAUUGGCAUAUGGUACAACAUCUUGAGUGGAAUCAGCAAGUUCGCUGUCAUUACAAAUGCAUUUGUGAUCUCCUUUACAUCAGAGUUCAUUCCUCGGAUGGUGUAUCAGUAUUUGUACAGCGAGACCGGCACCAUGCAUGGGUUUACCAACCAUACUCUGGCUUAUUUCAACACGAGCAACUUUAAACCUGGCACUGCUCCGCAUGACACUGACUUUGACAGGCACCUGCGUAUUUGCAGGUAUAAAGACUAUCGAGAUCCACCAUGGUCUCCAGAGUCUUACCAGCUUUCUAAGCAGUAUUGGUCUGUGCUCGCUGCACGUCUGGCUUUUGUCAUUUUUUUUCAGAACUUGGCCAUGUUUCUCAGCAUGCUAGUGGCAUGGUUGAUCCCAGACGUGCCUCGUUCUCUGAAGGAGCAAUUGAAGAGAGAGAAAACACUUCUGAUGGAUCUUCUGCUCACAGAGGAGGCGGACAAGCAAUGUUCACAGUCACACUCGCUGACAGCUACCAACACUGAUGUAGUAAUCAAGGGUUUAGAGGAAGGACCACCUGAGGAGCUGCAUGUCUGCAGUAGGGUGAUGCUAAGCCAGUCAGAUGAAGACCUGAAAGAACUUCGAUUGACCAACGAAGCAGAGGAGGAGGAACUUGAGGAACAAUCCCUAGAUGAACCUAUUGCAUCUACCAGUGAACUGUCAAAUGAAAGACAAAAUUCCACCUGUGAAAGUCUCAAUGAUACUUCAGAAUCCCUGUCUAAGAUAGCCUGUCAAGAUGAAUCACCCAACAUUCCUUCAGCAUCUUCAUACCAUUCAGUCAAAUCUGGCUCACUAUUACGGCACAGAGAGAUCGAUACAAAUGGACCUCCACCUCAAGACCCAAAUAUUAAGGCUAAGAGCCGUUGUCGAACCCUUCCACCAAGGCACAGAGGACCCGAACUUGAAGACUGUGCAACCAAAACCAGCUACUCCACUACAUUUACAGACCUCAAGCAGAAAGUUCCUCCAUCUCUCAGCGAGCUCACCCGGACCAUCCCUAAAGCUCCAUCAACAACCAAGCCUUCUGGAAGCAAAACAUCUGUGGAUUUAGAGCUCACGAGCAGCAAUUCCAUAUCACUUCCUCGGCCACCGUCCAGACCGGAGCUUGCAAGUGGCCUUUCAACAGCCUUGCCACGUCCUCCUUCAAAACCAGAGCUCGUAGGCAGCCAAUCAACAGGACUACCACGUCCUCCUUCAAAACCAGAGCUCGUAGGCAGCCAAUCAACGGGACUACCACGUCCUCCUUCAAAACCAGAGCUCGUAGGCAGCCAAUCAACAGGACUACCACGACCUCCUUCGAAACCAGAGCUCGUAGGCAGCCAAUCAAGAGGACUUCCACGUCCUCCUUCAAAACCAGAGCUCGUAGGCAGCCAGUCAACAGGACUACCACGACCUCCUUCGAAACCAGAGCUUGUAGGAAGCCAAUCAACAGGACCACCACGUCCUCCUUCGACACCAGAGCUGAUAGGAAGCACAACCAAAGGGCUUCCAUCUCAUGAUACAGGCUUGAAAGUUAAGAGCCGAUGUCAGACUCUUCCUCCAAAGUAUAGAGGCUCAGAGACUUCUGUGGAGACAACAGCCAGACCUAGCCAUUCCACUACCUUUACACACCUCAGUCAACAGAUCCCACCUUCACUCAGUGAUCUCAAACGUAACUCUCCUGUAUGAGUGCGACUCAAAAUCUCCACCUCUUCAGCACCUUGCAUCCGAUCACCACUCUCAGUGCCAGGCAGUCCAUGCCAUCAACAACUCAUCUGUGACUCGUCACUUUCUUAUUGAUGACUGAACGAGCAUAAUCGGUAACUGUGGAUUUAGAUCAGUCAUUGAUGGCUUGAUGGAGGAUCACUAAUGAGAUGUGCUGCUCCAGUUGGUUGACUAGUGGGAUUUCUUUUUCCCAGAAUCAUAUAGUCAAAUCUGGCUUAUGCAUUCUGGGUAUUGUAGUAUUCCUCUGGAGCCAUUCAGUGUGGCUUGAUGACUCUUCAACAUUGUCUUAUACUGUGACUUGCCAUUCUCUUUUUCACAUAUAAACCUGUACAGGCAUAAACAGAUAUAAACAAACACCAAAUCUCAUUAGCCUGACCUCUUGAACCAGAACAGGUGAGAACAGAGAGAGGCUUAGGAAUAUGGGCCAAAGGGCUUUGCAGUCCAUAACAAAUUGUUACUCAGCAAGUGGAACUUUCAUUUCAUGGUGUUGUUGUCCUCUCAUGAGUUUUGCUAACGUGUACUUAAACUGAAAGAUAACUAAAUGUGAACAAUAUCCCAGCUUCAAAUGAGCCAACUUGUUUGUGGAAUCGUCUUUUGUCUUUGGUCUGUAACAUCUGUAGUGUCUCAUCCACAUGGCAAGUUAGCGCAUAGCUUGAUGUUUAGCAAUCUCAUAACAAAGAAAUGUGAUGUUGAACUGGACUUGCAAAGCCAAUUACACUGUACAUUGCAAAUACACUGUAGUAUUUUAUAUAAAUCUCAUUUAGCAUUAUGCUAGCACAGUUAAAGCUAAUGUAAAACAUGUUAUAUUCACUGUGAAGAGGUUUUCAGGGAUUAAGACCCAAUUAUCAUGUUUAUUCUCGACCCGUUCACCACCAACGGGGGGAAAUUGUAUGAACACACACAGGCCACGUUCACACUGCCAAAUUUUUUUAUAGCAACAAUUUCAUUUACUUGUAGGAAUGAUUUGCUAAAUUAUCAUUCCUAGCUACAUUAUAUUUCCAUUUGUGCAUUCAUUACAGGUGUCAAUCCUGCUACCCCAAAUAAGCAAUAGUCGAUGUCUUGCAGCUGUAAACAUGAGCCAUGUACGCCAACAGUAUAGUCUGUUUGGUGUUUUUGAUUUUCCGCAAACUAAUAUUAGUGUCCUGGGGUGUAUUCUGUCAAGCAUCUGUCAAUUUUUAAUACGUCAUUAGCUGUCACUACCAAACUCAGUGUGUACAGAACAGGAUUAAAGGAUUAGUUCACCUAAAAUGAAAAUUAUGUCAUCAUUUACUCACCCCGAUGUGGUAUUAUUUUCACUCCCGAACAUAAAAUAAGGCUUCUCUUGCCGACAUCAUGAAAGUGAAUGUUUGUGUACUUUACAAACUCUAAAAAUACAUAAAAGCACCAUAACAGUAGGCAAUAUGACACAUAUGUGCUAUCCUCUAAAGCCAUAUUUCAGCUCGUGUGACAAACAGAAAUAUUGGGGCAUUAAAAACUAUUUAAAAAGGAAACAUUAAAACAACAGGAUUGACAGCUGUAUUUAGCUGCAGUGUGGCCAUGGUCAAUGUGUGUUGUUCAGCUCUGUGUUGAGUGGCAGGUGUGUAUGAUAUGCAUUGUGGAUCUGUUAGCUAAGAACAGUUACAAACCAGCAUUAAUGUCCAUGUUAUUUCUAGAGGUCAUGAGGAAUAUUGAACAAUAUUUUGAUAUUACAA